AUGUUAUAUACAUUGAAGCAAACAGUGGAGCUGGAAGCAGAAGAAUAUGUUCCUCUUCCUAAAGGAGAGGUUCACAAAAAGAAAGAGAUAGUGCAGGAUAUCACGCUUCAAGAUCUGGAUGCAUCAAAUGCACGACCUCAAGGUGGGCAAGAUACACUUUCUUUGAUGGGCCAAAUGAUGAAACCCCGGAAGACUGAGAUCACUGAUAAGAGUGUAUGGCAAAACCAUUGGAAGCUUUCUUUUGUACACAGAAAAUGUGUUCAACGUUGGUGCAAUGAAAAGGGAAACACUUUAUGUGAGAUUUGUCAUCAGUUUUUUUUCUUUCUGUUUUUUUUAUCUUGA